AUGCGCUACAACUCACUCGUUCACGAUGCUUUCUAUUCCCCGGAGGAUUCCCCUGAACAUCUCUUUUGGAGACGACUGUCUCUCGUCCACGAAGUACCGGGCGCUUCAAAAGCACUAGACAUCGACCGGAUUGAAGCUGCAUUUAUGGAAAUGGGGGACCUCGAGCUUUGGAAGUGUUUGGUACAACUUGCUGCCCAACGAGAAACAGACCUCCGGCGGAAACUGAGCUGGAGAAAAUGGCUCUACUAUAGCCUGGUAUCGUCCGCUGCAUCUCGUCACCACUGGGCCGUCAUCAAUUGCCUGAACGUGCGACAACUACCUCACAAGGUAGCGGAAAAAGAUGCGCAGGAACUGUUAUUUCUCCAGCCUGUGUACCUGAGCAUGGUCGAGGCAACGCCUACAUGGCAGUCCAUAGUCAUAUAUUCACACGGGGGUAUGAUGGCUGCCACCGUGGUUGGGCUACUCGCACGGCAUAGGCUUGUCCUCCGUCUCUCGCUUUUGACGGGCGUGAUCGCCCUAGCCGUAUCUUGCGGCACGACCGCCCUCUGGCACUCCGCGGUUGUAUACGAGCCGGCAUCGUUCAAGGAGCUAAAAGUGUUAAAUGAGACACUCGGGAUGUUUUUCAAGGAUCCGAGAACGUCGGGCACGCUGCCACCCAGCCUCCAGUUGGCAGCAUUGUUAGAUUCAUCAACCGGCCGAUGAGACACUACCAAGUCC